CGUCUGCCUGCCAACACCAGCGUUGUUUAUGCACCAUCAUUUAUUGUCAUGGUCUCUUUAAAACCACCCAUCAUCCACUGCUGCUGCUGAUCAUAGUAACCAUCCCACUGUUGAUCACAGUAGCCAUGGAUUCUCCAUCUCUCGUCCGACAGAUGCCCCUCGAGGUCUUCCUCCAGGUAUCAUCUUAUCUCUCCACUCCCGAUCUUGGUUCACUGCGCCUUACCUGCAGGUACGCCGAAGCGUCGCUCUUCGAAACGUUUGGCAGGGAAUUCUUCAGCAAGAGGCAGUUUAUGCUUUCCGAGACAAGCCUGCAGGUUUUGAUCGACAUAUCCAACCACCAGAGACUGUCACAGUUUCUAAGUCACGUUAUUAUCGGCCUGGAUAACUUCAAAGACUGCCACUAUCCGCCUAUUCGCAGCCAAAAUGCACGCGCAGACCGAUACGACGCCGGACUCGCUGAUGAGCAAGCCCUGUUGAGUACAGGACAAGACCGGGAUAUGCUAUCCCAAGCCUUCCGGAAUCUGCCUAAUCUCCAAACAGUAGGGCUGAGGGACUACAGCUCGGGAGGGCGCGUCCGCGAUAAUGGCCAAUGGCACAGCUACGGCGCUACUACUAUAUUCCAAGAAGUAGGAAUUCGCUUGCUCGAUAGCCGUGGCAUGUACGCAACAGAAGAAGAUACUCGCUUUGCCAGUCGAACUCUCUCGUCGAUUCUGUACGCGCUGGGCCAAUCAGGCGCCAAGCCGCAAGCCUUCGAGAUUUUAUUGAGAAAAGCGGCCUUGGGGCUCCCUUACAAUGCCUUCGAGAUACGCAAAUUCUUUGAACCUUCGGUCACACCUGUCUUAUCCAGCCUCAAGACGCUUCUCUUGACUAUUGCCCCUGAGUUGCCCGAGGUCGACAACGGGACUGACGAUGACCCAGGCGUGGAACAUCCCGAUUUCCCCCUCAGGCGCUAUCUCUGCCAGACCCCCAAUCUCACGCAUCUCCGCCUCAAUUUCCUGUCUGCGCUUCAUUCCGAACCCCAACGAUUCAUGGUCUGGCUGGGCCGUCCCGUAGUCCAUGCCGGCCCCGUGAAUCCGUCCCCAGGACCUCAACUACCCAAGUCACCAGACCCAGUUGCGUUUUCCCACCUCCGAAGGCUGGAUUUUGGGAUGCUUACCAUAUCACCCCGUGUUCUGCUUGCUAUUAUCCAUAAGUUCAAGCCAAGCCUACGGUCGCUCAGUCUCUGGAAGAUAGACCUGAAGCCUGAGUAUCUGGAGCGACAAGAUGGGAAGAGAGUCGCCGUGUGGCCCAAGUUAUUUGCCAAGCUCCCAGGCCUAGACUAUCUCUCUGUUGGCUGUAUUGGUCAAGUGGUUGGGACUCGGCACAUGCGGGUGGGAUUCAAGCUUCCGCCUGGCCAAUCUGGAGAGCCUAACGUUACAAGGGUGUGCUCUGUACACAGCGACAUGGUGACUUUCGUGAAUAAUCUCAUAUCGGAUGUGGUUGUGACUACGCCAGAUGGUGAUAGUCUUAGUGACGAUGAGUCCAUGUCAGAUUAUAGUGGUGAUAGUGACACUGAUAUGGAUGAUGACGAAUGAAAAACAAUUCUCGUGCUGUCUCUAAUUAAUCAAGGUAUAAAAUAGUAGCAUUUAAAACAACUAUUGCUAAAAUGAAGGU